AAAAUUGAUUGAUUUUUAGCUAUUUUUUAAUUAAUUUAUUAAAUUGUAGUUAGAAAAUGUAAUUGUUUAUUUUCAUUAUUAAUCACUGAUAUUUGUUAUUAAAUGUGAUUCUGAUGGCUCGUCAAUAAACAUGCACAUGCUCAAUGAAAAGUACCCAAAUGAUCCAGCUAUGGUUAACAAUUCUCAAAUAACUAAUGAAUAUUUGUCAUAUUUGAUUUCCAUUGGACCAUGCCAACCUUUGCCUUCAAAUAUGCCUGGUAAAAUGUUCCCUAAAAGGAAGCAAAACAAUAUUGUUCGAUCGUUUAAUGACUCUUACUAUUACAAAAUAUUACCUGAUAAAUCAACUGUUAGAAGAACUUGGGUCUCCUAUUCACCUUCAAUAGAUAGAGUUUUUUGUAUUACCUGUAAACUAUUUGGAACAACUAAAGGUAAAAGAAAUACAUUGUCUAGAAAAGGGACAAAUGAUUGGCAAUAUAUUUCUACUAGACUUAAUGAACACGAAUCAUCUAUAGAUCAUUAAAAUUCUAUAA